CACUUUCAUAGUUCGUUUCUUCUUUGUCUCUGUGAUCUUCUUCAUCUGUUUCUCCACUCACCAUUUUUCCUUCUUUUUUUAAAUUUAUCAUCACUUUCCUCUCUUUCCCAAUCCACCAAUCAACCAAUCUUCUCUCUGCAUCGUUCCUACCUCACAAACCCACAAACGAUAAAAUCCUACUAUCUCAAUGGAUCUGUGUGCUGUUCAUGUCAAGACCCUUUUCCACACCAAGAAUUCAAUCUUCCAUGGACCCAUUUCCUCCAAUUUUGGCAAGUCCGGGAUUUCAUUCAGAGCUGUUGAUGGACGGGAUUUCGAGAUCACGGUUUUGAGGCGAUGUAACGUCAAUCGCUCUUUUGUUGUCACUGCUUCUGGCAAGAAGAAUCAUGAUAACAACAACAAUAGCAGUUCCUCUUCUUCUGGUAAUGGUGAACAGUCUAUACCAGAAGGAGAUGGUAUUAGAGGCAAAAAUUCUUCUGAUGGUGAUAAACCAGAUAACAACCCUGAAAAAUGUCAUCAUACUAAUCUGGAUUGGCGCGAGUUCAGAGCAAAGCUGUUUAGAGAUGAGCUGAAAGAAAUAUCAGAUACUGACGCACACCAAGGUGGGACGUUGCACAAUUCCAAACCACUUGGAACAAAAUGGGCCCAUCCUAUUCCGGUACCGGAGACCGGCUGCGUACUUGUGGCUACCGAAAAGCUUGAUGGUGUUCGGACCUUUGAAAGAACUGUGGUUCUUCUCCUCAGAUCUGGAACUAGACACCCACAAGAAGGCCCUUUCGGAAUCGUCAUCAACCGUCCUCUUCACAAGAAAAUAAAACACAUGAAACCUACAAAUCAUGAUCUAUUAACCACCUUCUCUGAUUGUUCUCUGCAUUUUGGUGGACCUCUUGAGGCCAGCAUGUUUUUGUUAAAAACAGGGGAGAAGUCAAAGCUUCCAGGAUUGGAAGAGGUAAUUCCCGGGCUAUGUUUCGGAGCUCGAAACAGUUUGGAUAGUGCAGCAGCCCUUGUGAAGAAAGGGAUUCUCAGGCCCCAUGAUUGCAGUUUCUUUGUUGGUUAUGCUGGAUGGCAAAUGGAUCAGUUGAGAGAUGAGAUUGAGUCUAAUUAUUGGCAUGUAGCUGCAUGUAGCUCCAGUUUGCUAUGUGGGGCUUUGUCAGACCCUUCAGAAAGUUUGUGGGAGGAGAUUUUGCAGUUAAUGGGUGGUCAUUACUCGGAAUUGAGCCGGAAGCCAAAGCAAGACCAGUAGGUACUAAUAUAUAUGGUUUCAGAUUUAGAGACAUAUUGAAGCUAAGUGUACUGAGAGUUUCCUUUUAUGUCAAAUAAGUAGGUAAUUUAUCCUCCAGCCAUGCUUUAUAGUGUUUAUCACAAGAGGAAUCGUACUUUGUUGGGAUCAUGUAAUUAUGAUUGUUAAUAUAGUUUGAUAUAAGUAUGAGAUUAAGCUGUGGUAGUUGAAUUU